CUAUGAAGUGAAAGUAAUAAAAAUGUAAACAAUCGUAACAAAAUGUGCAUACUAUGUAAUAACAUAAAAAAUAGAAAAUGGAAACUUACAAAAUCUGAUGAUUGUGUAGCAGAGUUUCUAAAGAAUGUAGAUUUUGAAGUUAAACCCUUAAUAUCUUGUUUUCCUCUCAGCAGGAAAGACAAACUUUCAGAAGUCAUAAAAAAUGGAGGAAUUAGCAAGUCCUGGCUGGCCGCUGGUCAUGUUUUUAUUACAACUGAUAAGGAGAAACAUCUCUUGACAUUUGACUGUAAGCCAGCACAUUUACAGGUACAGAUCCUCUGCAAGCACACUUUAGAGUGAUGAUAAGUUUAUGCUCUCUGUCUCGCACCACUGACACGGGGGAACCAUGUCGGAAAAUCUUAAUAAACAUUCUUGGCCAACGCAGGCAUCAAACACAGGACCUCCAGAUUAGAGACCCAACUUUUUACUCACUGAGCCACCGUGACUCCAAUUGUUAAACCCUAGCACUGUCAUGUAGUAUAGAAAUUGAAAAUAACACAUUUUAUAUUACACAUUAUUGUUUUUAAAAAAUAGCAAGCAUAGACCUUGAUUGACAUAUUAGUUAUAGGGUUUAGGUUAUACAGUGUAUAUGAAAUUAUGAAAUAAAAUGUUUAAACUCUCUUAAAGUUAUGAAAGUUGUGAAAAAUUAUGAGAACCAUACAUGUUCUGAAGUUUGAUAAAUUAAUUGAUGAUAACUUAUUUCUAAUUUUUAUAUGCCCACAUUUUCAUGUGGACGUAUAUUGUCGUUGCCAUUGUCCGUCCGUCCGGACAUCCGUCCACAAUUUGUUUGUGGACACUCUACAGGUCACAAUUUUUAUUCGAUUUUGACGAAACAUAAAAUAUAGGUCUAACUCCCAAAGAUCUCAGUUCCUUUCAAUAUUGGUAUAUAUCGGACCAUAACUUCAUGGAUUAUGGGCCCUGAUUGUACGAAAAAUCACAUUUUUAGUUUGUGGACAUUCUAGAGGUCACAAUUUUCAUCUGAUUUUGAUGACACUUAAAAUGCAUGUAUAUAACCCAAAGAUCUUGGUUCCUUUCGGGAUCGUAACUUCCUGAAUUAUAGCCCUUGAUUGUACGAAAAAUCAAUUUUUGUUUAGCUUGUUCUCUAUCCAUCUCUUGCAAAAUGUGGGUGUAUCCUGUCUGGCAGCCGCUGUUUUUUUUUGGGUUUUUUGCAGCAGUUUGAGGAUACAGUUUUUCUCGAUUUGUUAGAUAUUAAGAGUGAGGUUGUGGAUAUCGUUCUCUCUAAUCUUUAUUCCAAGACAGUGUUAAUUGUUUUUAGAAAUGGAACAUUGCAAGUCUGGAAGUAUUCCGGUGAAACACAGGUAUGGUCUGGCGUCCACCAAGUUCAAAUUCCAUCAACUAAGACCAGUGAGGUCAUCAGUUUCUGUGUACAAGAUGAUCAUAGUACCAUCUAUUGGUGUGAAAGAAACGAUGGUGUUUAUAAUGUGUGUAAGCGUGGAUUACCAAAGGAUUUAGAAGAAUUAGAAGAAAGGUCAGUUGGUAAAUUAGAAAUAAUAUUAUCACAUUGUCCUGAAGCUGAUGUCUUUCAAAUGAGAGAUUUUUUAUGUAUUGUAGCAAGGCACACAACGUCAAAAGUACACGUAACUAUAUUAUGGAGGCCAUCUACAGAUCAUGUGACAGUUUUCAUUGGUGGAGAAAAGAUGAGGAUUGACAACUAUUGGACCAAUCAUAUGUUAGAUUUUAGGAAUAUAAUAUUAUGUUGUAUGUCAGUGAUAUCACAGAUGUGUUUACCAUGUUGUGAUGCUGUCACUAUUUAUGAUUCUGUCCUAGAAGAGUUGGUUGUAGUAUAUAAUGACGGAACUGUUUAUAUAUUUCAUGUAGAACAAGAAAAAGUUGGAUCAGUAGCCAUAACAUCUCUUCACCUACCAUCAGAUUUAAACAUAAAUAAAAACAACUGUUUUCUAUCCAAUGGAUUUUUAGGCAUCUCAAAUCAAAAUGACAUCAGGCUCUACAGUCUUCUUAUUGGCCAAUUAUUAAAAGUAAUCCAAUCACCAGACCGGACAGAAAUUGAAGAUACCCUUACAUCUAUAAACCCUGUUUUUAUUGGUGGAUUUUUUACCCAGUCAGAAGCCUAUGUUAUACAGAAAUGUGUAAAAAGAGAUCAACUAGUAGCCUGCCUGUCUAAAAGUUCAUCAUUUCAAACAAACGGUUUACAAUAUGCUCAAAUUUCUCAGAAACGGUUAAAUGGUAAAGAAUCAAUUAAGACUUCAAAAGAUUUACGGGAAAGUUGGGAGAAAGAUAAAAUGGAUCAACCCAGAUCACAACUUACUCAUAUUAUAGAACCCUUUAUUAAGGAAUUUUGGAGAUUAGAAGAUUUAUCAGAAAAAAAGAAAAAUGAGGAUGUAAAUAGAAAUGGAACUAAUAAAGACAUGCAGAAAAUCGAUAUUGAGGUUCUAGAAUCAGAAAUCAACAAAAUUUUAUCAGGUUCUCUUAAUUUACCCAGUUCCUGGCAGCAGUCACAGCUUCUGAUUCUAGCUGAGAAAUAUCCAGAAGCAGUACUAGAUAUUUUAUCUCACAGUCUGAAUUUAGAUGAAGAAUCAGUCACUGAAACUGAGAUGGUCAAAUGGCGCAAAGUGUUAGGUUUGGGUGAAACAGAUCCAGGAAAUCAAAAACCAUUUAUUUUUAAUCAUCUUUGUAGAUUGAUUUUUAAAUUACGACCAGAACUAUUGGUGAAGUUUGUUGAAAUGUCACAAAUAGUUAGUGAGAAAUAUAUUGGUGUUUCAGCUUUUGUUAGAAAAAGACAUAUAAUGCAGUAUUAUCAGAAAGCUUUAGAUUGCCUACCAGAACCGAAGACCUCAGUUAAACCACAAAUAGCUAUUAAUUCUACCUCAAAAUUAUUGUUAGCUUGUGGUGACAAAAACAGUAUUUUAAGAACUGUUAGAUAUCUAGUAUCACAUCAACAAUGGAAGAAGAUAUUUAGACUUUUAGAAGAAGAAGAGGUUGCAGUUAAACAACGAUCAAUGUUUAUAUAUAUACUUGUUACAGCUUUAGUUAAGAAUGGUGUACUUACAGACUAUACUGAUCAACUAUCAUCUUUAAUACCAAACUGGCAAAAGUGUCCUGAUAUAGAGAGUAUUAUUAAUAAUACAUCUGAUGAUAAGGUGGAAACCCCUUUGGACAGUGUUAACUUCCCUGCUAUUGCUUCUAUACAGCCCUUGUUACAAGAUUUAUUCAAAUAAUUUUUUAAAAUUAAUUGGAGCUAAUACAUUUCUUGUGGAUAACAUACUUCUAUAUUUAUUUUCUUAAAGUAUGAUAAUUUAAGAAGUAGGUUGAAACAUGGAGUAAAUAAAUAUAAGGCCAUACUGAUGUGAGUGAAGGUUAUUAUGUUUUUUUUGUGAAAAGAUUAUUACUUUGUUAAAUGACAGCUGGGUCAUAAACAUCACAUUUCUAGGCACUAUAUUAUCUCAUCAUGUUGUUUAUAGGAAUUUUAGAUUAUCAAGUAUCAUUUAUGAUUGUCAGUAACUUUAAUCAGGGUUGGUUAAUGGUUACUUGAUAAAUGAACUACGCCACAUUUCUGGAUUCAUUUAAAUAUUUUUUAUAGAGUUACUUUAUGCGCGAUAAUGCAGCCCUAUCUAAGUGACGGGGGAUUAUCUGAGAACCAAAAUAUUUUUUUUAUGUAGCCUCACUUUAAAGUAUUAUUAGUUUGUAGAAUCUAUCAUCUAAAUUAAACAAAAGAUAUUCCAGGGUUCCCGCAGUCCUUAAAAAUCCUUGAAUAUCCUUAAAUUUAAAAUUUCAUUUUCAAGGUCUUGAAUAUCCUUGAAUUUUGCGGAAAUAGGAAAAUAUCCUUGAAUUUCAGUUGAGAUCCUUAAUUUUGUUUCAAAUGUCUUCAAUUACUUUUAAAUAUGAGAUUCUAACAUAGUUGGUAAUGUUUUGGUUAUUUUUAAGAUGAAAAAUUGUAACUUUAGGCUAAAAAAUGUCCUUGAAAAUCCUUGAAUUUGACGUAUAUUUAUCCUUGAAUAUCCUUGAAAAAAUGUUUGACGAAGCCGCGGGAACCCUGUAUUCCUUUCUUAUCCAUGGAAAGAUAAUAAUAAUAAUAUUAAGAACCUAAAAUAAGGAUUUGUUAGUGAUAACAUUAACAUUUGGAAGCUGAAAACUUAACUGCUCAUCUAAACUAUUGAGCUUCCUGUUGAAAAGUGCAAUAUUACCCAAUGCUUAUUCAUUUUAUUUUCGAAUCUAAAUAAAAUGUUGAAGAGA